AUGAACAUCAACAACACUCUCAUCUACAACACUCUCAUCUCCUCUUCUUCUCCAGCUGCCGGAAACGGAGCACUCAGAGUCCAGAGCUGUCAAUCAGCAACCAAAUCUGGCAAAAAAAAUAGGAAGAUCAUCAGGGCAGUUAAUGAAGGAAAACAGCACAUUGAAGAUGAACCCAGGCCAAAAGUAGGAGCAGACCUAAGGAGGGAUAUUAAAGAGCUGACGUCUCAGAGGAAGUCAAUACCACCGCCCCCUAAGCCACCUGAGAUCACGCAGGCAACUCAACCCAAAGGAGUAGUAAUUAAGGAAGUGGCCAGGGGUUCCACUUAUGCUCAAGCAGUAUUGGGAAGAAGGAGAAGUUAUGAACGUCAGAAGAAAGAUAGAAUCAGGGAAGAUCUUGCUCACUGGCUCAACAAGAAGAUCUUCGCCAUUAAGAAAGGAACAAUCAUCAGAACCACUAAGAGCUAUAGAGGCAGACAGAGCAGCAACAUCGAAGUACAAGCAAAAGGAAGGAAAACUAAAGCCACCAGAUGA